UCAUCUGCCUAAACAACACACAGGAGAAGCCAAGCCAGUGAACAAAUAUUUUGAACGAGAAGUUCAGGUGGCACAGAAGAAGAAAGCUCAGGUGGCAAACACGUGCCAUUGAGUCGGUCAGAAUUGACACUGAAAAAAAAGUACCAUGGGAAAUACAACUAGUAGCGCAUUAUCAAAGGAGAUCCUGCAGGACCUGAAGCUCACCACCAAAUUCACUGAACAUGAGAUCAGCCAGUGGUACGAGAACUUUCAGACGCAGUGCCCGACGGGACGCAUAACACCAGAAGAGUUUGAGCAGAUCUACACCCGCUUCUUCCCCGACAGCGAUGCCAAGAGCUACGCACGACAUGUGUUUCGCUCCUUUGACACCAACGACGAUGGCACUUUGGACUUCAAGGAGUACAUCAUCGCACUGCACAUGACCUCCACUGGGAAGACGACCCGAAAGCUGGAGUGGGCCUUCUCGCUGUUUGAUGUGGACAAGAACGGAUACAUCAACAAGACAGAAGUGACGGAGAUCUGCCAGGCCAUAUUUAAGCUGAUCCCCAAGGAGGAGCAGUGCAAGCUACAAGACGAUGAGAACACACCCGAGAAGAGAGCCAACAAGCUGUGGUCUUACUUCGAAAAGAAAGACAACGAGCGACUGGCUGAAGGAGAGUUCAUCAAGGGAGUGACUGAAAAUGAGAAUGCAAUGCGUCUUAUCCACUAUGAAGAAAUGAAAGAAUAAAGUCAUUCCUAUUGCAUCCCUUCUCAUUAGACUCUUUUAAACUUAUUUUCUUCCCACUCAACCCCUCUGUGUAAAUACUCUUCUCUGCAGUGUCUUGGUUGCAACUAACUUUUCAGUAAGUUUUGUUUGUUUCAUAUUGUAUUACUGAAGUUUGUCAAUGAAUUUAUAUAACAA